AUGGCGAGUGCUAUUCAGAAGGAUGUCACUUCAAGUACCCAUUAUCAGAGCAAUUAUCAAACAAAUUGCGUUAGCAAUAAAAUAUUCUACGAGGAGCCAAAGCCUGCUCUGACAACCACAGCAUCAGAAAGCUCACAACAAACUUGUUACAGAAAACUUUCCGAAGCCGUCGCAGAGAGUGGAAAACGCGCUCUGGAAUUAGGAGCAAAGAAAAGGGUUUACUUCACGCCAGAGCAACGAAACGAGCUUGAAAAUGUCUACAAAGAUCAACAGUAUCCAUCUCGGGACGACAAAGCUCGUCUUGCAAAAUGCCUCAAUAUUGCAGAAAACAAGAUUCAAGUAUGGUUUCAAAAUCGUCGAGCUCGAGACAGGCGACCUAGAGGGAAUCGCCGCAAAAGAUUAGGGCAUCAUGGAAUGCCAUUUCCGCCGUUCUCCUUGGGUCAUCCGUCGCCCUUCAACUCAGGAUUCUUUCCAUCGAGUAGUGAUGGGCAUGCGCCACAGAUGUACCCCCCGCAGAACUUCAACUGGCCGAAAAUCAAUUUUUCCUCACAUUAUACGAACAUAUUUCCACAGAGCUGGUCGGCACCCUCCUUCGAAAUACCACAACAACUUAACUCAUUCGAUAGAACUGACCUGAUGAGACUCAAACAAUCAGAAGUCGCGUCGUCUCUCCAGUGGAGCAAAAGUUCUUCAGUCGAUUCCGACGUCUCUAUUACGCCUCAUACUCAGCAUGUAAGUGAGAUUCCAAAUGACACUGACGCUGACUUCACUGAUAACACAUAG